GCACCAAUGUUGCUCUGGCAUGGUUUCAGCCCGUUCGUGGGGGGGGGGGGGUGAUUUAUAUAAACAGAGCAGAUGCAAUGCAGAGCAGGUUUGCAGGAAGUUGCUGUGCAUGGUGGCAGGUUCUGCUUCCUGAGGUUUAAGAGGGCUGUGUGCUUGUUUUGCAGCCUUAGCGAGUUGCUUUUUAUAGUCACAGCUUCUCUCUCUCUCUCUCUCUCUCUCUGUGGGAAACUGCUCAGGCUUUCCGACCUCAGUUGCUGAGCUGGAAGUAUGGCGGCUUACUGCAGCACGAUGCUGCGAGUAUCUAGGAGAGGGUUACCUGCAGGGACCUGGAACCAGUUCUGCAGUUGUUUGUUCUCCACCAGCGUGCAGAGGCAAACCAAGUUCUAUGAUGACCCCGUGUCAGCAGUGAAGGAUAUUCCGGACAACUCCACCUUGCUGGUUGGAGGUUUUGGAUUAUGUGGCAUCCCUGAGAACCUGAUCAAUGCUUUAUUGAAGAUUGGAGUCAAGGGAAUCACAGUUGUCAGUAACAAUGCAGGGGUGGAUAAUUUUGGCUUAGGGCUCCUGCUCCAGACCAAGCAGAUCAAACGCAUGGUGGCAUCAUAUGUGGGUGAGAAUGCGGAGUUUGAGCGACAGUAUCUCGCGGGGGAGCUAGAGGUCGAGCUGACCCCACAGGGAACUUUGGCUGAAAGAAUUCGAGCUGGGGGUGCAGGUAUUCCUGCAUUUUUCACCCCCACUGCCUAUGGCACGCUGAUUGAGGAAGGAGGGGCCCCAAUAAAAUACAACAAGGAUGGCAAUAUCCAGAUCUCCAGUGAUCCCAGAGAGGUGCGGGAGUUCAAUGGCCGACACUACAUCCUGGAGCGCGGCAUCAUUGGGGACUUUGCCCUCAUUAAGGCAUGGAAAGCUGACCGUGCGGGCAACGUUGUGUUCCGGAAAACGGCGCGGAAUUUCAACCAGACCAUGUGCAAAGCUGCAAGAGUGACAGUUGUGGAGGUUGAGGAAAUAGUUGACACUGGGACUUUUCCCCCAGAAGAUGUCCACAUCCCCAGUAUAUACGUGCAGAGAGUCAUCAAGGGAGAGAAAUAUGAAAAGCGGAUUGAGAGACGAACUCUUCGGAAGCUGGGAGAGCUUAAGCCUAAGCCGAAGACGGAAGCUGAGAUCACAAGGGAGCGCAUCAUUCGGAGAGCUGCACUCGAGUUUGAAGAUGGCAUGUAUGCAAACCUGGGGAUUGGAAUGCCAAUGUUAGCCAGCAACUUCAUCAGACCUGACAUCACUGUCCAUCUACAGAGUGAGAAUGGUGUUCUGGGAUUGGGUCCGUACCCUCUGGAGGGGGAGGAAGAUGCAGACCUCAUUAACGCAGGUAAAGAGACAGUGACUGUCCUUCCUGGAGCCUCGUUUUUCUCCAGUGAUGAGUCAUUCGCCAUGAUCCGGGGGGGCCAUGUGAAUAUGACGAUGCUUGGUGGGAUGCAGGUAUCGAAAUUUGGGGAUUUGGCCAACUGGAUGAUUCCGGGGAAGAUGGUGAAAGGAAUGGGAGGAGCAAUGGACCUGGUGGCCAAUGCUGACACCAAGGUGGUGGUUACGAUGGAACACUCCGCAAAGGGAGGAGCACACAAGAUCCUGGAAAAAUGUACGUUACCACUAACUGGGAAAAACUGUGUAAACCGUCUCAUCACUGAGAAGGCUGUCUUUGAUGUUGAUAAGAACAAAGGCCUGACCUUGAUUGAAAUAUUUGAAGGACUGACUGUUGAUGACAUCCGAAAAUGUACUGGCUGUGACUUCGAUGUGUCUCCAGACGUCCGACCAAUGGCACAGGUGUGAGAAAGCAGGCCACUGAGCCUAGGCCUCCCCAUAACAUGGACAGAAUCACAGCAGGAAAUAUUGCAGUGCCUCAAAUAUACACAGAGUCUUCAUGUCUAUCCACAUGUUAACAAAUCAAUAUUCUAAUGAAUGUGUACUUCUGUAACAUGAUGGGAUAAUUUCA